UUCAAACUUUCAGUUAAGAAUCACCAUUCCAUCGAAGAGGUCGUGUCCAACUGUCUAACAUGCAAAUGCAAGUUCCAAUGAAUUACGUGCAGAACUCUGUCGGCUAUCCAGGAUUCCAGAGACAAUCGGCAAUGUCUACGGCUAAGCAACUGUCUUUCAGGGAGAGAAACAUGGAUGUGGAUUCCACUUUGGGUUCUAGUGCGUGCUUUAGACGUGGCUCGCACAUUGAGCUCUCCUCCGGGGCCUUACGUCGCGUCGAGGAUAUACGAACUGAAGACUUUAUUCAAUCUGCCUUGAGGAGUCAACUCUUUGAUCUUCGUGAGGCUACAGUUGUAAAGAUCGAUAGAUCCAGUUCCCAUGCCGGCUCUUAUACUAUGAUCAUUACAUUCAGCUAUGAUACCCAGCACUCCAAGGUUCAUUUGGAAGUGCAGCCGGGUCAUCCACUUUUCGUGUAUGGUCAAGGAUGGGCCUCUUGUCAUCCUCAAUUGUCCUUUAAGCUGUAUGAAUUAAAGUGCCAACAAUUACAGGUGGGUGACAUUUGUUUGUCCUUGGUGCCGCGGGAAGAAGUUCCAGUUGCAGCCCCACCUCUGCCCAAUCCCAGUCAAGCUCCAUUAAUGCAUUCUUAUCAGGUAUAUGCUGAGAUGGCCAAUACAAUAUUGGCUGCCUAUACUCAGCAGAUGAUUGAAAAACUAAGGAAUUAAAAUUUUCAUUUUCAAAAUUUUAAUGGCCGUUACUAUGUGACCAUUUAUCGACAACAAAAAUGUAAUAUA